CACGUGCGCUCGAUACUCUCUCUACACUUCGAUAUAUACGCGAUGCCCAUGGCGACGAUACACGCUUACCAAAAUCUCGGUGUUAAUCAAAAACUUUCUCAGCUUCAAAACUCGGCACAAAGACGACUUGCCCCAGCUCCAGACGCAGGAAGAUGUAAGAAGAAAACUUAUCUUCAACAAACAUACCCUGCUCCACCUGCUUCAGUAGCACGGCGCAACGCAAGAGAGCGCAAUCGGGUGAAGCAAGUUAACAAUGGAUUUGCAGCACUUCGUCAACACAUACCAUCAGCUGUUUCAGCAGCCCUGGCUGGCGGCAGGGGAUCUUCCCGAAAACUGAGCAAAGUUGACACCCUUCGGCUUGCAGUUGAAUACAUCAAAAGCUUGAAAAAGUUACUGGACGAUAGCGACGAAGGCUGCACAGAAACCCAAAUGAGUAUAGGAUUAAAUACUAGUGGACCGCAGACACCACCUUCCUCCGAAGAGUCUCUGUCUCCGGCACCAUCCCUACAAUCAGAAAGUUCAGCUAGUGCUAAUUGUCACGAGACCUAUGAUUCCUACGAACCCAUGAGCCCUGAAGAUGAAGAGCUUCUUGAUGUUAUAUCGUGGUGGCAACAACAGUGAACUAAGAUACUCAUGUUGCCGGUGAUCAAAGUGAAGGCAAUGAGCCGCUAUUGGUUGUGAAAAAAUGAUGAUUUAAGAAGAAGCUGAGCGUCGGAGCGCAAGGGACUCCGAGUGAACCUCUAAUUAAGCGCAAUCAGUGUAUUCCUAAUGAGAGGGGAUAAUGGUAGACUAUAACGACCCCAUCGAUGCAUUCCGCCGAGCGAACGAACGACUGAAGACUCCGCUUACAUUUCAUACAUGUAUGGAAUCGCAGCAUUAAGACUGAAAAAUUCCUUGUUCCAUAGAAGCAUUUAGUUUAAUUGUAAAGACUUAUUAAACGCUGUGCCUUUAGCUAGCCUUAGCAUUACUUCCAAUAAGAAUUACUUUAAUGUUACGUUUUAAUAUUCUAUCUAGUCAUUAGUUAUAAGUAUAUUGUAUGUUGUACAGAUUUAGACUUUGUGCCUUUUUGUCUGAAAUGAUUUCGAAGAUUUCGUUACACGCCUGGAUAAGGUAAAGUUAUAGUAGAUUUGUAAAUAUAAUCUAUAGUUCUUUAGCACCUAAGUAAAAAAGAUUCCUAAUAAUAUAAAGCUGUAGAAGAAUGCUGUA